GCCUCAGCGUCUUCCGUCACCGAUUGGUAAUUUACCGAUUAUCUACCUAUCUACCUAGGUACCUAAUCUUAUUUACUUUUGCUUACCGACGAGAUGUGAUGGGUUUUUGUUUCUUGUAAUUAAGAGUUUAUUCUUGCUUUUUUGCUCUUACCACGGCAAUUGGGUAGUUAGACAGGACAGCACCCAGCAAUCUCCCUUCCCUUUCCUUUUCGUCAGCUUCGUGUUGUUAGCUACCUAGGAGCGCAAUUAAAAGCUCGAUAUACCUCGACCAUGGCGGGCCAAGUAAGACAUCCGAUCGAUACGGCCGCGUUGGAACGCUACAUUGCUCAGAAUGUACCCGAGAUCAAGCUGCCGCUAGACGUGAAGCAGUUCGGCUUCGGCCAAUCCAACCCAACCUACCAACUCACCUCCCCCGACAAAACCCGCUACGUCCUGCGCAAAAAACCCGCCGGCAAACUCCUCUCCCAGGCCGCCCACAAAGUCGAGCGCGAGCACCGCGUCAUCGCCGCCCUCCAAAACACCCCCGUCCCCGUCCCCCGCGCAUACGCCCUCUGCCAAGACCCAACCGUCCUCGGCACCCCCUUCUACAUCAUGUCCUUCGUCCACGGCCGCAUCAUCCACGACCCCUCCAUGCCCCAACCACACGCCCAAACCCCCGCCGAGCGCGAGGCCCUCUGGCGCGCCGCAGUCGAGAGCCUAGCCGCUCUGCACAGCGUCGACCCGGACGCCGUGGGGCUAGCCACCUUCGGCAAGAAGGGCGGGUUCUACGCGCGCCAGCUCGCGACGUGGAAGCACAUCUGCGACGUCCAGGCGAGCACCAGGGACGUCGAUACCCAGGCGCCCGUGGGCGCGAUCCCGCACAUGGACGACCUAGUGGCGUUUUUUGACGACGAGGCGCUGCGGCCGCGCGACCGCGCUACGCUUGUGCACGGCGACUAUAAGAUCGACAACGUGGUGUUUGCGCCCGAGGAGCCGCGCGUGGCGGGCAUUCUGGACUGGGAGAUGAGCACGAUCGGACACCCGCUGUCGGACCUGGCGAACCUGCUCAAUCCGUUUUACCUCGUUUCCCUAUCGCAAUCGCCGUCUUUCGCCCCGUCGUCGUCACCGUCGUCGUCUUCGAAAGACGGUAGUGUUCCGAGCCAGACCGAGGCUAUAGCAGCCAUAACCAACGCCGGAUUUCUCCCCGGCGCCACGCCCGGCCUGCCCACGCCCGCUGCGGUGUUAUCCUGGUACGCGGCGGCCGCGGGCUGGGACCCGCGACCCGACGAGGUAGCGUGGGCCUGCGCGUUCAGCGUGUUCCGGCUCGCGGCCAUCUGCCAGGGCAUCGCGGCGCGCGUUGCCACGCGUCAGGCUAGCAGUGCCGACGCGCGUCGACACGCUGCUGCUGUGCGGCCGCUCGGCGAGUUCGCGUGGGAGCUGGUGAGGAAAGAGAAGGAGAGGCGGAAGGCUACGUCUGGUAGUGGUGCCAAGUUAUGAUGUUAUGAUGAACCUUUAUUUUUGCCUCUCUCGUUGUGUUGCUAAGCCUUAGAUAUAAUCUAGAGUGAAGAAGCAUUUAGCUAGAUGGAUGUAGGAAGCUUCACAUCUUGUUAGAAACCUCUAAAUAGCGGUGAGAUUACUUGGGCCGGAAUAUGAGCUACGAUCAUAAAUUCAUCAUUCAUCUCAUGUCAACAUAUUUGGAUUUAUUUUCAAUGAGUCCUUAGUUAUAUUAUGAAGCCACAGCUUUAAGUAGCACUUUUGAGAUCUAAUCAAACUCCCAUAAGCUCAUAAGUUAGUUAAAGUUUAUAUACCCCUUUCAAAGAUUUCUUUUUCAAUAUAGCAACAAGUCAUUGCAUAGAUACAU